GCAUGUGACGGAAGUAGCACGGACCUGUAUCCUGGAAAGAUGCUCUGACAAAACAUGCUAGCUUUCUGUUUAGCUUUCUAUUUUAAAUAAAAUUGAAGUUGUAUUGAAGUGUUUUGCUCUAGAAGUCCACAGCUCCCUCUUUUUAAAUGUUAACUAGGUCCCUUUAACGCAAGAGAGUCGCACUAAAGCUCCAGCACCAUGCGCGGCCAUCCAGUGGACUGCGUAGUGAAAUCCCCAGUGGCUCUACAGCUCGGCGAUGUGGUGUCUGAUUCAGUCCGUCCCGGUGUUUAUAUAACAGACGUUGUAUUUACAGAGCCGGUCAAUAUUCAGGAAAUCUCCUUCAAGAACUUCUACACAGCCUAUUUGACCGUGCGAGUGUUGAAGAAUGUGGAAGGGAGUGACGAGAGCCCUGUUAAGUGGUUCACGUGUGUGAGAAACUACUGCCUGAUGUCUAAUCCACACACUGAAAGCGGAUCACAGGACUACUUUUCUAUCUACAGACAACAGAUGACGACGGAGCCAGAUAAAGUUAUUACUGUGCGGCUCAUACUGAGACAGCCUUCUUCAGUCUGGCUGAGUUUCAACAUUCAGGACAUCAAAAUAUACUCAUCAGCAGAUGAAGAGUCAGAGAGAGACGUUCCUUCCUGGUUAGCUACCAUCACACCCGCUGAGGAGCCUGUCGAUCUGAAAGGGCUUCCUGAUCCAGACACAGUGUCAUCCAGUAUUCAGCACAUGUGGGCUCUCACGGAGAUCAUGCAGUCAAGCCAGACCUCCGCCUCCAUCGGCCGCUUUGACGUUGAUGGCUGCUAUGACGUCAACCUGCUUUCAUAUACAUAACAGGAUGUGACCAACAGUUCUACAGGAAUGAUGUAGACCCAGGCUUAUUACAUACUAGGCAAUGCUUAGCUGUGUCUCAAAUCGCACUGUACACUAUGAACUUCACAGUGUUAUGCCUAAUGAUUAAAAUCUCAAACCGAGAAUCAAACUACUUCCAUUUAGAGCUGAAUGUAAUUGAUUGGUUGAGAUAAGAUGCUGUAUUUCAUACCACUGAAGCCUGUCUGCGCUCAGGUUUUAAACACUACCAUAUUAGCCCUUAAAGAGUUAAAUUAAAGAGCAAGAGCAGCAAUAUAAAAAUACAAAAUGUCUGGAUUUGAUUUUUAAAAAUGAUUGUUUACAUUUAAAGUGUGACAUAAAGCAUAGUGGCCACUUUUGUGGUUUUAGUGCAUUAUUUGGGUAUUUAGAGGAUACUACAUACAGGGAACUUCUUAGGUUACAAAAAGUGUGUUGCAUUUGAGACACAGCUCAUGCAAGAUAUUCAGGACAAUAAAUAGAAAAAAAAUGUACUACAGAUUCUUAAAAAUGCUGGAGAAGCUUGUUAAGGAUCAUUUUGCUCCCCUUGAGUGAUUGUCUUAUAGUAACAAGUUAUUUAAAUGGUUCAGAAAUUAUUUAUUUUGUACAGCAAAAAAAAAAAUCUACAAAUGCGAUUUGGACACUUAAGUACUGAGAAGUUGUCUGUAUGUAUUAUUAAGAUGAAAUAUAUAAAUGCAAUGUCAAAAUAUAAACCAUUUAAUAUGGAGUACACCAAAGCAAACAAAAGUAAAACCAUAGAUAGUAAUAAAUAAACGCUGUAUAAGAAAUACAAGUAAAUAAAUCAAAA